AAAAAAUGAGAGCACCAAUCAACGUUCUCAUUACCCAACUAGUGUUAUUACUCGUUUUUGUUUCUUUCAUUAACGCUUUCCUACCAGGAAUACCUGAUAAUUAUUAUGAAGAAGGAAAUACUGUAAAAAUUAAAACCAGGAAAUUAUCUAGUACUCACAAUUUGGCUUUUGAUUUUUAUUCUAUGCCAUAUUGCAAACCAAAGGAAAUUAAAAAUAAUGUAGAAAACUUGGGAGAAUAUUUGCUCGGUGAUCGUAUCCACAACUCAGUGUAUUCUGUUGAAUUUAAGAAAGAUGUUAUUUGCAAGAGAUUGACUUCAAUUUCCUCUUGUGAUGGAAAAGCUGAUUCUUGUGUGGAGACAGAAUGUCCUUCCCAAAUCACCUCUGAUGAUAUUAAAAAUUUGAAGGAAAAAAUUGAUGAAGAUUAUUUGGCACAAUUAGUUGUUGAUCAACUUCCUUUUGCUAAUCUUCAAGGUUAUACUUCCUGCGGAAAUCCUCCACCAUCAAAGGAAGAAAUUUUGAAUCAAGAAAAAUCUACAAAGUAUUAUAGACCUGAUGGUUAUCCUGUGGGAUGUAAGGAAAAGAUUCAAUCUGCUGAUGGAACUGUCGGAUUUAAUUAUUAUUUGAACAACCAUUUUACUUUUGUGUUGUAUUACCAUGUUAGAAAGAAUGGUAAACAAGUUAUUGUUGGUGCUGAAGUUUAUCCAACCAGUAUUGAACACACAGAAUCUUCUUGUACUGGUGAUAAGCCACUUCCAGAUGAUUUUGAUAGAUUAGUUAUUGAUGACAACUUGAAGAAUGUUCAAUACUCUUAUUCUAUUAUUUGGAAAGAAAGCUCAAUUGCUUGGGGAUCUAGAUUUGACGCAUACGUCAAUACUGAGGAAAAUCCAGAUGACUAUCGUAUUCACUGGUUCUCAAUUAUCAACUCAUUGCUCAUUGUCUUCUUCUUGACUGGUAUGGUUGGUAUGAUCAUGUUGAGAAUUUUGAGAAAGGAUAUCAAUUUAUAUAACGAAAAGGAUGAAGAAGAUCCAGGUGAUGAAACUGGUUGGAAGCUUGUACAUGGUGAUGUAUUCCGUACUCCAAAGAAUUCUACAUUGUUGGCAUUAAGCGCAGGAGCUGGUAUGCAAGUAUUGGGCUGUUUGGUUGUUUCAUUAUUAUUAGCCCUUGUUGGUUUCAUUUCUCCGGAAUCAAGAGGCUCACUUCCAACUGUUAUAUUGGUUUUGUUUGCAUUUAUGGGUAUUAUUAAUGGAUAUACCACUUUGAGACUCUACAAGAUGUUCCAAGGUAAAUCAUGGAAGACAGUUUCACUUUUGGCAGCUUUGGCUUUCCCAGCAAUUCCAUUGUUCCUCUUCACUUUUGUUAACUUUUUGGUUUGGGUUUCUGUCCAUUCUACAUCAGCCCUUCCUUUCCUUUCACUUCUUGAAAUCUUUGGUUUGUGGCUUGCAAUCUCUGUUCCACUUGUUGUUGUAGGUGCUUUCUUUGGAAACCGUUCAAGUGAAAUUGAAGUUCCAGUCAAGACUUUGCAAAUCCCUAGACAAAUCCCAGUUCAACCUAUUUACAUGCAUCCAGUUAUCUCUGUUUUAAUGGGAGGUGUAUUGCCAUUUGGAAGUGUUUUCAUUCAAUCCUACUUUAUUUUGAGCUCCAUUUGGUUGCACCAAUAUUAUUACUUGUUUGGAUUUUUAUUUGUUGUCUUCCUUAUUUUGGUUGUAACUUCUGCUGAAAUUAGUGUUGUAUUUGCUUACUUCCAAUUAUGUAAUGAAGACUACCGUUGGUGGUGGAGAAGUUUCUUGAGUAGUGGUAGCUCUGCAUUGUACCUCUUCCUUUAUUCUGCUUUCUACUACUUUACUUCUCUUGAAAUUGAUACUUUCAUGAUGACAGUUCUCUAUUUCGGAUAUUGUUCAAUUUUAUGUUACUUCUUCUUUGUUUUGACUGGUGCUGUUGGAUUCUUCUGUUCUUUAUGGUUUGUCAAAACAAUUUAUGGUAGUAUUAAGGUUGACUAAAUUUCUUAUUUAUAAAAUUAAAUAUUUAAA